CUCCAGUCUAUAACUAUCUGUUGUCUAUGGUUACAACUGAACUCAAUUCUGCCGCCAGUUAUUAGGAGCUUUUGUUAAGUUUAUAGUAAUUAUUUAAGUAAGACAAAAUUAAAACGCAGCAUCUGUAAGAGAUGACUCAUGUCAAUAAAUGUCCUGAAGCAAAUGCAGCAAUAUUUGGCGAAGAUGUUUAUCUUCAGAACUUCAACAUGGAUAGUUUGCUUCCAUUUGAUAACAUGGAAGAGCCAGAGAGAAAGUGUGAUAUGACAAUGCUGUAUCAGUACCAUCGCGAUGUAAUUCAAAAUUUACAUCUUCAAUCCAUGCAGUCACAGCAGCAGCAAAAUCAAAGCAACAAUCUAGAAAAGAUUCCACCAGACAUGUCAAUUCCAAGCAGAGAUGAGUUUCCUGGAAAUUUAAAUUUUCAACUGUUGCUAAAUAACCAAAUGGCAGGAAAAUAUUGGGUGUACUCGCCAACGUUGUCAAAGGUCUUCAUCAAUAUGGAACAAACACUACCAUUAACGUUUAAAUGGGAACCACCGCAAGAAGGUCUGUGGUUACGAGCUGUAAUGAUGUUCAGCCUUGAGCAGUAUAGAAGUGAUCCAGUCCACAGAUGUCUUAAUCAUAUGGCAGCAACCGACAGAAGUAACAUAAAUAUUGAUAACAGACAAAUUAGGCAUGUUUUCCGUUGUUUGAACCCAGCAAGCAUGUAUGAAGAUCGUGGAGGUCACCUUUCUGUUAUUGCUCCACUUGGCUUACCUCAAGCUGGGUCACAGCACGUUCCCAUGCAUUUUCAAUUCUUCUGUAAGAAUAGUUGUACGUCGGGUAUGAAUAGAAGGCCCACUGAACUGAUAUUUACUUUAGAAAAUGACGAAGGUAGAGUAUUAGGAAGACGUAGGUUAGGAGUGCGUAUAUGCAGUUGUCCAAAACGUGAUAAAGAAAAAGAAGAGGCUGAAGCUCGAUAUGCCUCGCAAAAACCAGGUUCAAAGAAAAGGAAACUGUCAAUUCCUCCAGGAAAAAAGUUAAUGGUACCGCAUACGGACUUGCAUCCUCAAACCGUUCAGUUCAGUGUGCCAGGAAAAGAAUUAUAUCAAGCAGUAAUGACAGCAGCUUACAAUAUCUUAGCAGGACAUGCUGUGCGAAGUGGACAGUUUGAUUUUUUCAAACCGUACAUGGAUGAAAUAGUACACAAGAUGCAAUAACAUAUGUCGAUAAGUUUUCUUUUAGAUAUUAGUAUAUGUUUUUUUACUUCAACUUAAUCUUAUGUUAUCAACAAGUUACUUUAGUAUUAUAUUUUAAACAAGAAGUUUUAGUCCAACAGUUUUAGUUACGUUUUACAAAUUUUUUCU